AAUGAAGUGAAUGAGUCUGUUGUUUUCUUUUAAUUUAAAAUACCAGAAGCCUUUGACGUUUAAAAAAAAAUGGCAGCGAUAAUUGGAAAACUUGUAACUGGAUACAACUUUCUAUUUACGGAACUCGCGGAUACCAGGACUAGGGAUUGGAUACUUGUUUCAAAACCAUAUCAGGGACUUUCUCUUUUGGUACUCUAUUUCAUGUUCGUUUUUAAAUGGGGGCCGAAGUGGAUCAAAAAAAGGGAACCAUUCAAUUUAAAUACAGUCUUGAUAUGUUAUAAUGCCUUUCAAGUUGCGGCUUGUGGAUACUUAUUUGUAAAUGGCUUAGAUAUCUGGAUAAGAAAAUAUAAGUAUAUUUGCCAGCCUGUUGAUUCAUCAGAUUCACCGGAUGCAAUUAAAAUGGCAAAACUUGUACAUUUAUACUUCCUGUUAAAGUGCUUGGAUCUUUUAGACACGGUAUUCUUCGUGCUUCGUAAAAAAAUUACCCAUAUAACAUUUCUUCACGUCUACCAUCAUGCUGGUAUGGUGGCACUGGUAUGGGCAGCUAUAACAUAUUAUCCAGGUGGUCACGGAACGAUGGUUGGACUUAUAAACUCAUUCGUUCACAUCAUAAUGUAUUCGUACUAUUUACUGACUGUGCUAAUUCCAAGCCUCAAGGGAUCUAUUUGGUGGAAAAAAUAUGUUACACAGUUGCAAAUUUUACAAUUCUUCCACAACGUCCUACAUUUUGGCACCAUAGUGUUUAUCCCGAACUGUGGCUACCCAAACUGGAUUGCUGGAGUAUUUCUACCACAAAACAUAUUUAUGCUAAUCCUUUUCCUAGAUUUCUACGUUAAAACCUAUGUAAGAAAACCUAAACAGCCUUCAAAUCGAAUUGAAAAUAAACAGGAUUUAAAUGAAAAACCAAGUCCAGUUACAGAAUUUCAAGAACUAGUUAGUCGGAAAGGUGGAAUGGAGAGAAGCGCAUUGAAUCACAGAACGUAAUUUUAUGAUUUAGUCAUUUUAACCAGUACCUAAAUAUGUUACGUCCAUAGAUUAAGUAUUGGUCUCCACUGCGCUCCAACUAGAUACCGUAGGCGUAGUCGCAAAGUGCGGCAACUUAUACUACGGCCAACACGAGGCAGUCUUGAACAAUGUGUGAAGUUGACGUGCCACAUGUUCUGCUUCCUGUUUGCUCACGUUGCCAUAUGGCAACGGCAUGAGGCCAUCGUGUAGUACCUACGCUGUUAUGAAGUUAGCGCACAAGACAUUAAACUUUGCUAAUAAUUGAAACUUAAAUGCAACCCGGCAUUUAAGUUUUUAAACUUUGUAAAAAUUUUACUACAAGAAAUGAGAAAGACACUAGGAUCAUAUGUGAUCAGUAAUUAUUUUUUAUUUUAUUAAUUUCAAUGUUAUAAUAACACAAAGCGUAUGUUACAAAAUCUAGUUGGUGCGCAGCAGAGACCAAUCCCUAAUCUAAGGUUCAUUUCUUAGUCUAUUCUGUUAUGUCUACGAUACGCUACUGCUUCUUUCAUAGAAUAAUAUGUCACAAAGAAAGUCUCAUAUUCUCGAAGAUAAAAUCAAUUCGAUCGACGCCAUCAAUUUGUUUGAAUUAUAUACUCAAAGUAUAAUAUAAUACGAAGCUUCUGAAAUAGGAGAAUAUCUGUAACAGCGAAUCUUGAUAUGUCUUGUACAUCUCUUAGGUUGUGGAAUCUUCAGAAUAAAAUAAAUAAUUUUAUUUUAUUCAGAAAAAAUAUAAUUUGAGUAUGAAAUAUCUUGUUUCUGACACGUUAUCUUAUUAUGUUCCAACGACCCUUGUAUUAAAAUAUUACUCCUUACAAAACUUCUUCUUAAUAGCAACUUAAACUAUCCAGGGUGUAGUACCUACUCAUUUCAAUUUCGAUUCUUUCAUUUCAAAAUGGCGUCAUUAAUAUUUUCUCUUUUGGUCACUGGGCCAGAUAAAUUUGUGUCACAAUACGAUAUUGAUAUAUUCGUACAUACAUAUGAGUGUAACAUUCUUGGCAUAAGCUGUAAAUACUUCGCAUAUGUCUUUGAAUUCCCUUAUAAAAGGCACAAACCUACUAUUUAAAAGAAGUGUAUGCGUCUCAUACCUACGUACUUCUUUUGGGAUUGCAUUUGUUGCGCCCGUUCUUCUCAGGUCUGAGGCAUUCUUUUUGGGAUGGGUGGUAGUUUAUGACUUUCAAUAAGUAAUGUCACAUCCUUUUUUGAAUAUACAUAUUUGAAUUUGAAUAUACAUUAAUAGUUAAAGAAGUAUAAUCAGCAAACAAUAUAAUAUAUCUGUUAUAAUCUAUAAGACUUUAGUCAGCAGAAAAAGUACGUCAUUUAUUUAUAUAAGAAAGGGGCGAGAAAAGUACCCUGCGGAACACAUAGGUAUUUCUGCUGUUUUACCCGAAGACCGUAUGUUUGACUACCUGUAAUAAUUAUUUACACAAAUAAGAUUAAAGCAUAUUUAAAUAUAUAUUUGUACUGCAUCAUGUUUGAGUUUAAGAUGUAUAAUUGGUCAUGGUGGAUGCAGUCUAAUGCUUUGUACAAAUUAUGAUGCCCAAUGUAUCCUGUGACUUACUACCUACUUACCAGACAAAAUAUUCAUUAAUUAUUAAUAAGCUAAAGUUAAACAGACAUUAUUGAAAUUGGCCUUAAUAUCAAAAUUAAUUGUCACAAUAUUAGUUAAAUGACCCCGCAGGUGCGUUUUUAAGUUAUUGAUUUAAAUAUUUUCGAUAAUGUUGCUACUUCUAAAAUAGGUAUUUAAAUUUUAUUUAAACUGAUCAUUCAGGUAGGUACAUGUAAUCUAACCAUAUCCUGUGCUGCUUUCAAUGAAGAAUUGAAGUCUUUGGUAGUAAAAAUUGGGAAUUCUGCAUAAAAUUUACUAAAUUAGUUUGCUUUUUUUGUAGGAAAUUGAGUUAUAUAAGGUUAUGUUUGUUAAUAAUUUAUUUAUAUUUAUACUCUCGCGACAACUUGGCCUGCUAGUUUUAGUGUUAAUAUAUAUGUUCCAUGUUGUUUUUACUUUCAAUUUUCACUACUUUUUUAUUUUAUCUGGAUUUAAAAGUGUUUUUGCUUCAUGAAAAACAAUUUUUUUACUAUUAUUGUAUUAUUUUUCACAACUAUUGUAGAUACUUUGUCACAUUAUAGUCCAAUCUUUAAAAUCAGUUUUGUUGUUUAUGUGUUUUUGGUCUGGCUAUUAUAAUAUUAUAAGUUUAAUAAUUAUUUUUAUUUUAAUUAUUAAUUAUAAGUUCACUAGUGAUAGAAAUAUUUGUAACAAAAAUAUCUAAGGAAGUUGCUAUAUAAGCAUUAACUCUAGUUGCAUCCUGGAAUACAUUGAACAAAUUGAAACAUGGAAAUACAUAAUUUAUGUUAGUUCAUUAAACAGAAACUUCUAUUAAAUUCACACUGAAAUACCCAUAUUAUACCUAAACUGAAUUACAAGGCUUACAAUACUUGAUAAUACCUCAACAAGUAGGUACUGCAGUGUUAAGAUUCAUAUGUAUUUAAUAAAUGUUGUUUUUUGAUAUACUACAUAGGUAUAUCAUCAUAUCAAGUUAAUAAAAUAACAUUUAGGCAUCUAUCCAUAUAUAAACCAGAAGUCGAAAUAAUAUUGUGAUGAGCAUUUAUUAUUACUUGCACUUGUUUUAACCAAUUCUCUUCAUUUUCUUCUUUUUUCUGUAGUAAAACACUAUAUUAUAAUGCUUCUUAUCUCAUUUUCUCCCACGUAUAAUCUUAUAAAUUUAUGUGUCCUGUCUCUUUCUACAGUCGCUUUUUCGUUUCACCGACUAUCAAAUCACAACGAUGCUAAAGACGUUUACACUUCAAAAAAAUAUUGUCUAUCUUUUAAAUUAAUUUAAGUAAUUAUCAGAACUGCUGUGUCAACAAUCUCGUCAAUUUCUGACUUAGAUUAGCUGAUUAGUUAAAAAUUGCUCAUAACUAACGGCCGUUUUCAAUAACCUAUCUAACCUUAGUUUAACUUACUUGACGUAGACAAAUCUAUCGUUUUACGCUUACUUAGAUUUCAAUAACCUAUCGACAUAAAGUAUUGCAAUUUAACUAUAUUGAACAUAGCUAUGGAUAGAUAUGAUCUUGUUCUUAAACGGUAAACAGCAAUGUAUCCGUAACUAGAGAUAGGUUAUUGAAAACGGCCGUAUAACUGUAUUGGACAUAACUAUGGAUAAUAUCUUGUCAUUAAACGGUGACAGAAAUGUAUCCGUUAGUUAAACUAAGGGUAGGUAGGUUAUUGAAAACGGCGCGGCCGUAAGUCUAGUGAUCACACGUUACAAUUUUAGCUGAUGACUUAAAAAAGCACUUACCUGUACACUAAAUUGAAAAAUAGAUAUAUGUAUGACAUAUUUUUAUUAUUUAGUGAAUAGUUUUAAAUUCAAGUUGUAGGUAGUCAUGUAAAAUUAGCCUCCCGAUUUAUAAUGAAUUUGUGUAAAUGAAUAAAGAUGUAAAUGUUGA